AUGACUCAACGUACAGUCUUCGGUUGGACGCUGUUUGGCAGUGUUGAUGGAAUCGAAUCUGCUCCGUCGCAUCUGCAGUCGAUGCAUUGCAACGUUCAUCUGGACAGAGCGCUUACCCGAUUGUGGGAGCUGGAAGAAGCACCACAAAAGACCCAUCUCACUUGCGAAGAGCGUCAUUGUGAAGAAUUUUUCGAAGCAACGCACCGCAGAGCACCGGACGGUCGAUUUAUAGUUGAGCUGCCACUAAAAUCUGAUGUUCCAUUGGGAGAUUCGCGAAAUAAUGCUGUUCGAAACCUACUGCGAAUUGAGAGAAGACUUGCACGGGACGAAGACUUACGCCAGCGCUACAAUGAGUUCAUGCAGGAGCUCAUCGAGAUGAAACAUAUGGAGCUUGCACCAGAAUCAUCAAACCAGACGUUUUACAUGCCGCACCAUCCUGUUGUAAAGGAGUCCAGUCUCACGACUAAGCUAAGGGUUGUGUUCAACGCAUCCGCUAAAUCUGCCACCGGAAACUCGUUGAAUGACGCCUUAUUUGUAGGUUUUCAAUUGCAGCAAGAUUUGUUUUCGAUUCUAACGCGUUUCAGAACGCACCGCUAUGCAGUAACCGCGGAUAUCGCAAAAAUGUACCGCCAAGUCUGCGUAUCGCCGAAACAUGUAGACUUACAACGAAUUGUCUGGCGUCGUGAUCCAUCUUUGCCCAUGCAGGAUUAUCGAAUGUUGCGUGUGACUUACGGUGUGGCAGCUGCGUCCCACCUUGCAGUCAAAUCGCUACAACAAACCGCAAAAUGUUCGUCGAACGUUUCUGAGAAAGCUGCUUCCGUCAUCCUCAAUGAUUUUUACAUGGACGACCUCCUCACUGGUACAGCUUCCAAAGCAGAGCUGCUACUUUUGCAACGAAACAUAUCCGGAAUACUCCAGCAAGGUGGCUUUGAGGUCCGAAAGUGGGCGUCGAACUGUGCGGAGUUUAGCGAAUAUAUUUCGAACGCGUCGAAGACUAUAUCGCACUAUCUAGUCGAGGGUAAAGAUGUUCACGCUUUGGGCUUAAUGUGGAACACCGAGGACGAUUUCUUGACGUUCACAGUUAACAUGACAAAACCGCCCGCUGCCUUAACGAAGAGAACUUUUUUAUCGGAUGCCAGCACGCUUUUCGACCCGCUGGGACUGCUUUCUCAAGCGACGAUAAGAUCAAAGAUGUGGUUUCAGGAGAUCUGGCGCCAUAACGUUGGUUGGGAUGACCUUAUUCCUGACUCCAUUGCAACAAAAUGGUUGGAGCAUCGAUCGGAGCUGAAGCUACUUUCAAAUUUCGCUGGCUUGGUCUAG